AUGUCAUUAGGAGAUUUAAUACCAGUAGUUAAUAAAUUACAGGAUAUCGUUACUACCACACAAGUUAGUGAUUUAGAUUUACCAAUAUUAGCAGUUGUUGGAUCGCAAUCUUGUGGGAAAUCAUCAGUUUUAGAAAACAUUGUUGGUAAAGAUUUUUUACCAAGAGGAACAGGAAUUGUUACAAGAAGACCAUUAGUUUUACAAUUAAUCAAUUUAAAACCUGAAGAUAGUCAAAUUUUAGGUUAUAGUACAACAUCAUCCGAAGAAAGUAGUGAUGAACAUUCUAUAAAUUUAGAAGAUCAUUUAAGAAAAUUAUCAACUAAUAAUGAUAAUCAACCUGAAGAUAUUGAAUAUGGAGAAUUCUUACAUAUUCCAAAUAAAAGAUUUUAUAAUUUUAAAGAUAUUAGAAAAGAAAUUGAAAUUGAAACUAAUAGAUUAGCAGGAUCUAAUAAAGGUAUUAGUUCCAAACCUAUUAAUUUAAAGAUUUAUUCAACUAAAGUAUUAAAUUUAACAUUAGUUGAUUUACCAGGCUUAACCAAAAUUCCAAUUGGUGAUCAACCAUCAGAUAUUGAAAAACAAACUAGAUCAUUAAUUUUGGAUUAUAUUUCAAGACCAAAUUGUAUUAUAUUAGCUGUAUCACCAGCUAAUGUUGAUUUAGUAAAUAGUGAAAGUUUAAAAUUAGCUAGACAAGUUGAUCCUUCAGGUAAAAGAACUGUUGGGAUUUUAUCUAAAUUAGAUUUAAUGGAUGAAGGUACUAAUGCAUUAGAUAUUUUAAAAGGUAAUGUUUAUCCAUUGAAAUUAGGAUUUAUUGGUAUUGUAAACAGAUCUCAAUAUGAUAUUUCAAUCAACAAAUCAUUAAAAGAUUCAUUAUUUAGUGAAGAACAAUUCUUUAAAAACCAUUCAGCUUAUAAGAUAAUUGCAAAUAAAUGUGGUACAAAAUAUUUAUCAAUUCAAUUGAAUAAGAUAUUGAUGAAUCAUAUAAGAGAUAAAUUACCCGAUAUCAAAGCUAAAUUGAACUCAUUGAUUGGAUCAACUGAACAAGAAUUACAACAAUAUGGAGGUUUUGAAAAUUAUUAUGGUGAAGAUAAAUCAGUUUUAAUUUUAAAUCUAAUGACCAAAUUCGCACAAAGUUUCAUUAACUCAAUUGAUGGUACCAAUAUUAAUGAAUUAUCAACUAAAGAAUUAUGUGGAGGAGCAAGAUUAUAUCAUAUCUACAAUGAAGUUUAUGGUAAUGAAUUAACCUCCAUUAAUCCAACUCAUAAUUUAUCAUUACAAGAUAUAAGAACAGCCAUUAGAAAUAGUACAGGUUCAAGACCUUCAUUAUUCGUACCCGAAUUAGCAUUUGAUUUAUUAGUUAAACCACAAAUCAAGUUAUUAGAAGAUCCAAGUAAGAAAUGUGUUGAAUUGGUUUAUGAAGAAUUAAUGAAGAUUGUUCAUAGUAUUUGUUCAUCAGGAAAUGAAAUCAAUAGAUAUCCAAAAUUACAAAUGAAAUUGAUUGAAGUUGUUAGUGAUUUAUUAAGAGAAAGAUUAGGUCCAACUAUUAAAUAUGUUGAAUCAAUUAUUGAAAUUAAUAAAUCUUAUAUAAACACUAAUCAUCCAAAUUUUGUUGGAGCUGCUAAAGCAAUGAGUGAUGUUGUUCAAGAACGUAAGAAAAUCAACAAUAACUUAAACAAACCUAAAAUUCCUGAAUUAAAUAGCACAAGUACUGGAGAAAAUAAUAUUGGUAUUGGUGUUGGUAAAAAGGAAAAAACCAUUGAAGAAGAUAUAAAUGAAAUUGAUGAAGAAUUACCUUUAGAAAAGAAUGAUAGAGAAAAAAAUGAAUCAGUUAUUCAACAUGAUUCUUUCUUGAAUUACUUCUUUGGUAAAGAUCCAAUAACUCAUCAACAAUAUUUAAUCAAUCAAGCUCAAUUGAAUCCAACUCCUUUCAAAUUCCCUCAUAAUCAUGACAAUUUACCUUCAAGUUUUGAUUUAAAUUCUAAUUUAAAUUCUCAUUCAAACCAAUCAUUAAGUCCAAAUAAUAAUUCAACCACUUCAUCAUCAACUAUUUUCAAUGAUGAAAGUUUCGAAAUCGAUGAAUCAAUUAAUGAAUUGAAUGAAAAAGAACAAUUAGAAUGUGAAUUAAUCAGAAGAUUAAUUAUUUCAUAUUUCGGUAUCAUCAGAGAAAUUGUUAAAGAUCAAGUACCAAAAUCCAUUAUGUGUUUAUUGGUUAACUUUAUUAGAGAUAAUAUUCAAAAUCAAUUAGUCAUAAAAUUAUAUAAUGAAUCGUACUUUGAUGAUUUAUUAGUUGAAGAUGAAAAUAUUCAAAUGGAAAGAGAAAAAUGUAUCAAUUUAUUGAAAAUUUAUAAGGAAGCUGCAAAAGUUGUUAAUGAAGUAGUAUAA